AUAUGAUAAAACUAUUAAAUAUUGUGGAUGCCCCCCUAACUCACAAUUUAUUGAAAACAGAGAGAUUCUCAUUUCUCAUCAAUUUAGAAGAAGAAGAGAUGUUGUGGUGCAACUCCUUUGGUUUAACGAUAUCAAGAACCGAUCCCCCACGGCCACGCUUCUCCUCCCACACAUGCCACCCCGUCCGCCCCGGCCCCUUCAUAGUCCAAUCCAAACUCAAGGCUUCCUUGUACGACCUCCUGGGGAUAUCCGAGACGGGGUCGUUGCCGGAGAUCAAACGGGCGUACAAGCAGCUGGCCCGAAAGUACCACCCCGACGUCUCGCCGCCCGAGCGGGUUGAAGAGUAUACCCAGAGAUUCAUUCGGGUUCAGCGCGCGUACGAGACACUCUCCGAUCCUAAAACCAGAGCUCUGUAUGAUACAGAUAGGGCUAAAGGCCUCCGCUUUCCCCUCUCCUCACCUACGCGUUACUCUACACACCAGGCAAUGGAGGAUAAAAGUGAAUGGAAAAGCAUAUGGCAGUCUCAGCUUUCAGAGUUAAAGAGAAGGAGCAUGUCUAAGGAUUCCCAUCACAAUACAUCUUGGGGAGCAACAAUGCGCACACAAAGCCAUCAAACAUCAUCUUAACCAAACUUAUGUUCUUGUAUAUCAUCAACUGUGCAUACAUAGGGGCAUUUGGUUCAAAUAUUGCGAUCAGAGUCGUAAUUGAAAUCAAAUAAUGAUAAUUGUAAUGAAAUCAAAUAAUGAUAAUUGUAAUGGGUUUAAGAGAAAGAAGUUUCUUUAUUUGGUAAUAAA